AUGAGGGUUCACCCUAAGGGGGCCUCAGGUGAGCUUGGGUUGAAGAGGGUGAGGGUUGGGGAGGAGGUUACCCCCAUGGAGGAGUCGGCCGCAAUAAGGGAGAAGGGAGUAGAGGAGACCCCAAAAAGUGUGGUUGUCCCAAACAUGGAAGGGGACAAAGGCCAAGGGGGCCAGGAGGAAGAAGAGCACAUGAGUGCCAUGCCUAAAGUGCCGGUGGAGAGUAGGUCAGCUGGUCCUAAGGAAGUGAUGGAGCAGCAGCCAAAGGGGGCGCCUGCGCCCCAAGGAGAAGGGGCCAGGCUGACGACUGCUAUCUACCAUGCUCGUGCAGUGGCUGGGCGACUAGAGGGAGAAGAAGGCCCAGCCAGGGCAGCUGCAGAUCACCUUGUGGGGAUUGUGGAGGACGCAGCCGGCAAUAUUGCCGAUCGUGCCCAUGCUGAGCUGCUGGCGGUCGGGUUAGAGCUAGAGGACGAACGCCGCAAGGUAGUGUUGCUCGAGUUCCAGCUGGCUGGCGAUCAGAAGAAGCUGAGGGAUGCUCAAAAUGCCUGCACGGUCGCCACUGAGCGGUUUGAAGAGGCAAUGAUCAACAAUGAAGAACUGCGCGCCCAGCAGAUUAAAGAGAAAGAUGAAGCAGACGUGAAGAUUGCUGGGCUGCAGAAGGAGCUGGAGGACGAGCGUGCUAGGACAAUGGAGGAGAAGGCAAGGUUGCAGAAGGAACUGGAGGAUGAAAAAAUCAAGGCCACCUCUGAAAGAGCAGCAUACCCCAAUCUAGAAGGCAUCCAUGAAGCUGAGCAUUUGGUGACCGACCGUGGCGUCAACCAGCAGAUCUAUGCGGGGAAGAGGAUAAUUGUCUUUGGGGAAAGCUCGGUUGAGGAGCUUAUCGACCUCUGCGGCAAUGAGAGUAUUGCGCUCCAGAUAGAAAAUGCGCUGCUUCUGGCGGUUGGUGAGGUCGAUGGGAACCUCAACGAGCUCCUCCACAGGGUUGCCAUAGAGGUUGGGGGGUUUUUAGAAAGGGAGAACAGGAAGUCGGACAACCGCAGACCGGCCAUGAAAGCAGUGAGGAUGACCUUGUCAUCAUUUUUCGCUACUUACAGGGCUUCGGUGUUGAAGCGGAGGGAAGAGGAGAGGAGAAAGAGGGAGAGAAGAGAGGAAGAAAAGAAAGAGGAGGAGGCAGCACCACCGCCGCCGAUCGUAGCAGCACCACUUUCUCGCCGAUCGUCGCAGCACCACCGCCUCACCGAUCACAGCUCAUCGCAGCACCACCGCCUCCGCCGCUCCUCCACCACUGGUUGA